AGAGGCCCUACCGGCGAUCCCGUAGUGCUGGACAGGGCGCGCUCAGCCGGCUUCGCCCCGGGAAACGGGGUCUGCCUGAAGCCAUCGGUAGCAAGAGCGUGCUCUGUCGUGUUCUGUACAGCUACACUGCGAUGGUCGCCGAACUGUACUCUUUUCAGAUGCAUUGAAUUUUUGUUCGAUUCGGGGAAGUAAGAGCCAAUUCCAAACCGUGCUCUGGGUGGGGAUAAUUUUUCUCUCAUUUUUCACAGCUACUAGCACUCCUUGGAGACGAUGGACCACUCAGCGGAUGCAUCCGGUCUCCUGGAAGGCUCUGAUAUUGGGUCACAGAAAGAGAGAGUGGUGACUGAGGAGGAAUGGCUACAAAAAUGGGAAAUGGGUAACAUCGGGUUUCACAAGGAACAAGGGCAUCCGCUCCUCCAGAAGUAUCUGGAUGUUCUUUUAAAUGGCAGAAGUGGACUGCGGAUAUUUUUCCCACUUUGUGGUAAAGCAGUAGAGAUGAAAUGGCUGGCGGACAUGGGACACAACGUUGUUGGUGUGGAAGUCAGCGAGCAAGCACUGAAGGAAUUUUUUUCAGAACACAGUCUGCCUUAUUAUGAGGAGCCAGUCCCAGAGAUUUCAGGAGGAAAAAUGUUCCAGAGUACUUCUGGCAACAUUUCCCUGUACUGCUGCAGUAUUUAUGAUUUGUCCAGCUCAAUAGUUGGCAAGUUCGAUGGAGUUUGGGACAGAGGAGCUCUUGUGGCUGUGAACCCAUGUGACAGACAACGCUAUGCCAGUUUGAUGAUCAACCUAAUGGAGAAGAACUCUUCUUAUCUCCUUGUUACGGUUUCAUAUGAUCCAAACAAACACAAAGGCCCCCCAUUUUAUGUUCCUGAAUCUGAAAUUAAAAGCUUGUUUGGCAACUGCUGUGAAAUUCAGUGUCUUGAAAAAGUUGAUGAUUUCUCAGAAAGGCAUAAACAAUGGGGACUAGAUUAUUUUCUGGAGGUUGUGGAGAACAGGAGGGGGUGCCUGAGGGCUGAAGGAAAGACUGUCACUCCAGUCUUCAAAAAGGGCAAGAAGGAGGAUCUAGGCAUCUGCACGCCAGUCAGCCUCACCUCAAUCCAUGGAAAGGUGAUGGAACAACCCAUCCUGGAUGUCAUCUCUAAGCACGUGGAGGAAAAGGUUAUCAGGAGUAGUCAACAUGGAUUUACCAAGUGAAAAUCAUGCUUGACUGGUCUGAUGGCCUUCUGUGAUGUGAUGACUGUCUGGGUAGAUGAGGGAAGAGCAGUGGAUGUUGUCUACCUGGACUUCAGCAAGGCUUUUGACACUGUCUCCCAUAACGUCCUCAUAGGCAAGAUCAGGAAGUAUAGAUUGGGUUAGUGGACAGUGAGGUGGUUAAAGAACUGGCUGAAUGGCGGAGCUCAGCAGAUUCUGAUCAGUGACACAGAAUCUAGAUGGAGGCCUGGAGCAAGUGGUGUUCCUAAGGCUUAGUACUGGCUCCAGCCUUGUCCAGCUUAUCCAUCAGUGACCUCAGUGAAGGGACAGAGCAUACCUGCAGUAAGUUUGCAGAUGAUACAAAACUAGGGGGAGUGGCUGACACACCAGAGGGCUGUGCUGCCAUUCAGCAAGACCUGGACAGGCUCAAGAGCUGAGCAGAGAGGAACCUAGGGAAUCUCACUGAAGGCAAGUGCAGAGAAG